AUAUGAAUUUGCGCCUUUGCAUUUCUAUUCUGCUCGCUGCACGAAUCCGACGCCUUACACUGACUGCAUGCAUAUUGUGUCCAGUAACACAUGAAAUCCAUGAGGGUAUUUUCCAUUGUGAUUGAUACAUUUGGGAUGGCCCAUAAAGGCUGUGCAUGGGGGCUCCUUAUUCUGUCAUGUUUUGCACAUUUGUUGGUAAUUAAUUUAGUAUAAAAGUCUUUUUUUUUGUUGCACAAAGAUUUAACAUGUACAGCAUACUGCAACAAUACAGGUCUUUUAAGGUCACAGGAAAUUGUAUCGUUACAGGAUUUAAAAUGACUCUUGGAAUAUUUACCACUUAUAAUUGCAUGCCUUAUUGCCUUUGAUAAACAAUGAUAAAUGAUGUGUCCUGUUCUUUCUUAACCGUUUUUCAAUGACGUGUGGUCACAUUGGAUUUCAUUCGACAGCGACAAAAGUGCGAUGUGUUUGUAGAUUUUGCUUCAUGGUGCAAUGUAGUUUAGCUUUGCUUUAUUCCUCAUCUGCAAUGUGAGGUCUGUAAAAAUGUGUUAUUUCCUGAGACAUGGCAGUCUUCCAAUUAAAAGUGUAGCUGCCAAAACCACUCCACUCCUUUUAGUAGAUUUCAUCAAAGCAAGAUCAUGCACUGCUGAGAACGAUGUCAGGAUUGAAUGGGGUUUGUUAUAUUUUAUUUUUCCACAAAAAUGUGUUUCUUGCACUCUCUUAACACACUCUGAACUGCAUUAAUGUCACUCGGACAAGCACUUAUAAUGACUGAAGACUUUCCUACGUUUGUAAGAAUAACAACACAAACCCAGCAAUCUGCUGGCACUCAGAACCCGCUCAGACAUUGUGGAUUUCAUACUUGAGAGGAGCACUACAAAGAGAACUGGACUUACAGUCCAAUUAAAUAUCCACAGUGCUCCUCUCAUGUGGUUCCCCAGCCGUAACUGACCCGUGCUUCUGUUAUUAAUGUGUCACUGAUGUGUUGUAAUAAUGCAUCUGGAUUCCAGCAUUAAAUCCUAUGAUUAAAAACACUGAUUAUACAGUCAGUGUGUAAUUAUUACAGAUGCAUUCACCAGUAUGUGAACUCUUUAAGCUCUCAAGCGCUGAUAUUAGAUCUUAAGAGAAGUUUAUUUCUGUUAAUACUAUUGGCGACAUAAAGUCUGAGCGUAAAAAGGCAGCAGUCACAUCAACGCAGCAGGAUUACGGAGCUGUGAGGGAGGAUUAAAUGUGCGCGUCGUCCCGCUCAGUGGCCUCUUGAAUUCCCCCCCAGAAGAAAUUUUCUACGUGAUAUUUGACUUUGAGGAGAGCUGAGCUCAAAGUGGGCUCUGUUCGAGUCAGUCACAUGCCUCUCUCACGUGCUCCUCCGGGGUCGGGGAUUAAAAGAACCCCCGUCUGACUGAAGAUUGGUUACAGCAACAAUGCUGACUUUUCCCUUUGUCAUCUGAGUCAGACACGUGUUCCUGCAGUGCAGCCAUGAAGCUGGCUGUCUAGGGAAUGGGCACUGCAGAAGCAACUCUACGAAUGGAGAACUUGGAGGUGAAAGACGAGUGGCAAGAUGAAGACUUUCCCAGACCACUACCAGAAUACGGAGACAUGGAUCCCUCUUGUGGUCUCACAGAUGACAGAGCCUCUCCCCCUAACUCGCUGAAUGUGAGCCCAUCUGGAGGACGAGGGGGCGGCGGCGGCAUGUCCUCGUCCCACCGCAAACGACGUACGUUGGUUGCCCCGGAGAUGAACCUCUCACUGGACCAAAGCGAGGGCUCUUUGCUGUCAGAUGACUUCCUGGAUACACCGGAUGACCUGGACAUCAACGUUGAUGACAUCGAUACGCCUGACGAGACCGACUCGCUGGAGUUCAUCACCAACGGCAACGAGCUGGAGUGGGAAGAUGACACGGCGGUGGCGUCGGCCAAAGCAGGUCCCGCUGGCGCUUCGGGAAACGUGGAUGAGGAGGGGAAUGUGAACAACGGACGCCUGUGGAGGACGGUGAUCAUCGGAGAACAGGAGCAUCGCAUUGACAUGCAGGUCAUCAGGCCCUACCUGCGGGUCAUUACACAUGGAGGUUAUUAUGGCGAGGGGCUUAAUGCCAUCAUUGUUUUCUCGGCCUGUUACCUGCCCGACAGCAGCUGUGCAGACUACCACUACAUCAUGGAGAACCUCUUCCUGUACGUGGUGAGCAGUCUGGAGAUGCUGGUGGCUGAAGAUUACCUGAUCAUCUACAUGAACGGAGCCACUCCUCGGAAUAAAAUGCCGGGGAUCAGCUGGCUCAAGAAAUGUUACCAAAUGAUCGACAGAAGAUUGAGGAAGAACCUGAAAUCUUUGGUCAUUGCUCAUCCGACAUGGUUCAUACGCACCGUCCUGGCCAUAUCCAGGCCUUUUAUCAGUGUGAAGUUCAUGAAUAAGAUCCAGUACGUCCACAGCCUGGAUGAACUGGCAGAGAUCGUCCCCAUGGAGCAUGUCCAUGUCCCCGAGUGUGUGGUGCAAUUCGAUGAGGAGAAGAUUAAAGCAAGGACGGAAAGGAUGGAGCAGGAACACAGACAACAGGAAAAGCAGCAGCAGGUCCCACAGGAGCCAAUUAAAAAAUCUGAAAGGGUGAAGUCGAUGAUUGUAGAUAAAGAGUGAUGAAAGGACAACUUUGCAGGUGAAGUGUGACAGACUGAACUUUGGAUUUAUUCCGGUAUGAAGCAGCUGUUCCAACAAGUCUACCUACGCUUCAUGGUUCCACCAACAUCCAGCUGCAGAUUUGUGCCCUGAAGAUGGAGAACGCUUUUCCUCAUUCACCCUCCUGUGGAAACUCCUCCUUACUCUCCUCAGCAGGCUUUCAUAGUGCACCUCGGGAAUGUUCAAAGGAAGUCGCUGCAGGAAGUGUUUUAUAAUGGAAACUAUUGCGUCGGCUCACCUGCACCGUGGUUGGACCUGCUUGUCUAGCCCAAAUUGUAAUAUUACAUCAUCGCGAUGCUGUGGAGGACCAGGUCAAUGACACAGACUCGCAACACAAACUUAGACUAAAGAAUGACAAUUGACUUCAAAAUCUGUUGAUAAUGAAAUAAAUACACUAAAUUGAAUGGAAAAAAAGACAAGAGGUGCAUAACAGAAACAUAAAUUAUGUAGCAGAUCAAACAUUUACAUUCAUGCUAGUUUGUGUGAAUAUAAUGUCUGUUAGACGUAAAUAACAAUGGAUCAGAUGCCUUCAUCUUAAUUGUCUGCCUCGUAGCAGCUGUAACAUCAGGCAUUCUCAAGCUCUCCCUUUUGAUGUAGCGAUAUUUUGAAAAUGUCCAAAUGUGCGAACGUCUGUACUGUAACUUUUGUUCAUUGUGUGCCUCACUGUGUAGAAAUACAAGAACAUGGUCAUUAUUUGCAUUUGUGGCCUGGAAACCCCAUCUGACAACAUCUUUAAGAAACAUAUAUGUGCUGUUAAAUACAAUGCUUGUUUAUUUUGUGUAACAUGGUUUUGACCACAUAAAUAGAUGUCAUACAACAUUAAACAUAUGUGCUUUAUAUCAACACUUAGACUGUAAUCAUAUUGUAUGACAUGUAUAAGAAGAGUUGACUUUCAACCCACCAUAGACAAAACAUCUGCAAUAAUUUUGUAUGAAAGUGGCAAUAAUCGAGACACAAUACACAAACAUUGUAUAUAGCAUUCAAAAAAAAAUUAGCCUAAAUUAUGAAACAUAUGCAUGACCACUAACUAACUCAAAGAAGCAUAAAAUGGCCUGGUGAGAUUUUCUUUCUUUUUUUUCAGAAUCACACAUUUUUUGUAGCUUAUGUGAAGAUUUAGUUUGUGAUUUUGAAGGUUUUAUUGAUUUCAGCCCAAAUCCCCUCAUGUUUUGAUGUGGUUGUGUCUGAUGAACAUUUGGGACGAUGUCAGCACAUUCAACUGAGGGUUUGACGUUAGUCAAAUACACUAAUGCAUUGGACGCUUUGGGUGGUUUCCUCUUGUGUCUUCCAUCCAUUAAACUUUUUGUAGCAGUAGGCCAGAGGAGUAAGAAACUUUAUUUUUGUAAAGAACUGCAUUAAUUGUAAUGUCUGCCGACCUUUUUUGCACUAUUGGAUUUUGCUUGUGUUUAAUUGGAGAUUUUUGGUUCUCCUAAAGCAUUUGUUAUGUUGUCAUGUAGCAUAGCUGAUUGCUGCAGUUUUUCGGCUGUUGUGAAAGAAUGACCAUUUUUAUUCUUCUCUGUUUAAGAAAAAUAGUCUCAUGAAAUGUCUUCUGUUAAAGUGCCAUCUCAAUUCAUUUUUUUGCCUUUUCAAUUAUUUUUAGUCCUGUUUGGCUGUUUUCUAACCAGUAAACAGAACAUGAGCAGUUCCAUGAAAUAUUGGUCAUGCCUGGUGGAACAUUCUUUGUGUUCAAGCAUUGUUUGCACUGAGUGCCUACUUUAUUUACCAAAUGAUUUUAAGGAAUCCAGAAAAGGUGACAGCAUGUAGAGUGUAGCCUUUCCAUCUUCAGUUUUAUUGUAAGUUUACAGGUUAAUUUUAUCAAAUUUCAGUAUAUUCAGUUUUAUAAGUAAUGCAGAGAUUUUUUCCUCCAAAAUCUAAAUGUUCAUUUUGACUAAAAGCACAUUUAUAUUAUUACAACGACUUUGCUUCCCAUUAGUCUGCUGAUAAAUGGAAUAAACUGUUCCUCCCAAGAAA